AUGACCUCCGGCCGGCCGCCCCAGCCCGUGCCGUACGAUGCGUUGCACCCCGACGAUAAGAGUGACCGCCACACUCGCUUAUUACACGCCGCGGCGUCUCUAGCGGCCGCCGACCUCAGCAGGCGCAAUGCAUCCGCCGACUCUAACAACGACGCCGCCUCCCUUCCCCAAGUUGCCGCAAGGGAGGACGAUCACCACUCCCCAGGCCCGCCCCCGACUCCUCCCUUCCCCGCGAGCCAGGUCCACUUCCAGUCCCUAACAACAGCACCUUCUCCUCCGCUGUCCGAGUCCUCGCCCGGUGUGGCCACUACCCCUCCGAAACCCACCGAACCCCCCUGCAGCGCGGCACAGCAGUCGCGAUAUCAGCCGAGCCCUCUGGGGUCCGGUGCCAGCGCCCUGCGAAUCCAGACCGAUAUCUACCCCUCCACUCCAGUCCGCAGUCACACUCUAUCCGCAGACCGGCCCACUCUACAGCACAAGACUUCGGCUUCCUCCCUCAAGCCGGUGUCGCGCACCCCGAGCUUGAAGACGGGCUCCCUUGCUGCCGCACUGGGCACCGCGUCGGGAACGAGCUCGACAGUCCCGAGCCCCAUCAUAACUGCCAUGGGAGACGUCACGCCGUUGCCCUCCCCGCUGCUGUCAAGCGACUCUCCUGGUCCGUGGAAGAUGCUUGGACGACCGCCCUCGAGGGAAGCGGCGGGCACUCCGACGCCUGUCGCAAGCGACGGCGUCCUUGUCAGCAGUACGGGGGAGACGAUCGCCGCCGCCUUGGCGUAUCAGAACAAGAGGAAGGCAUACGGGGUUAUGGACUCGCCGGCCGGAGCAGGCGGGGCACAAGCUGUCCGACCAGAAGAGAACGGCCAGGGAGCACAACCGCAUGCAAGGAACAGAAGCAUAAGCGAGUACAUCCCUGACCCGGUGUUGAUCCCCAAGCGCAUGUCGACUGUAUCUGGAGCAAAUCCCAGAGCCAAUGCUUCGAGUGGGAGCACGACAUUCGGGGCCCACCUACGACGCGAGCCGCACCUCUCCGAAUCAAGAGGGCUGACACCGGCGCAGAAGCCGCCCACUCCCCCUCCAAGUGAGUCAUCAGUGAGCGUCAACGACUCGUCGCCCCUCAACGAGACCACCUCCGCUAGGAAGCCGAGGGUCGAGUACUUCGAGGCACGCGGCCGACACGACCGGAAACGGCGCCGCUGGCGUGCGAUAAAGGUGAUCGGGCAGGGGACCUUCAGCCGCGUCAUGCUCGCCACCAGCCAAGUGUCGUCUUCGGCGUCCGACGACGAGGACGGUAGCGGUUCGGGCGGCAUGCUGACCCCGGACCCGCAGUCGCAGUACGAUCGCCGGACCCUCGUGGCCGUCAAGGUCUGCGAGCACGGCCCCAUGGGAGGAGCGUCGGAGGAGCGGAUUGAGAUGAGCCUCAAGCGCGAGCUGGAGAUCAUGCAGAGCAUCCACCACCCGUCGCUGGUGCACCUCAAGUCGUGGAAUAUCGAGCCGACCCGGGCCAUCCUAGUCCUCAGCUACUGCGCGGGAGGUGAUCUGUUUGACGUCGCCAGCACCCACCGGGAACUCCUCACACCGAAUCUGAUGCAGAGGAUAUUCGCCGAGCUGGUUGGCGCAACGAGCUACCUUCACGAGAGGAGGAUCGUCCACCGGGACAUCAAGCUCGAGAACGUCCUGGUCAACCUCCCCGCAAGCGAGCUAGCGUCGACCACGACCGACUGGACGACGUACCCGUACCCGGUCGUGACGCUCACGGACCUCGGCCUGUCGCGGCGCAUCGCCGACGAUGAGCGGCUGGAGACGCGGUGCGGUUCGGACGACUACGCGGCCCCCGAGGUGAUCAUGGGCCAGCCGUACGACGGCCGGGCCACCGACGCCUGGUCGCUGGGCGUUCUCCUCUACGCGCUCCUCGAGAGCAGGCUCCCCUUCGACCCUCCCCCCGGGGCGGGAGACCAGGCCGCGCAGGUGCGCAUGCGCAGCCGGACGAGCCACCGGAUCGCGCGGGUCGAGUGGCGGUGGGUCGAGUACGGGGCCGAGGGCGAGGGCGAGGGAGACCACGACGCCGACGUGGCGAGGUUCGGGGCGCGGGGGCUCGGGGGCGCUAUGGAGGUCGUCGAGGGCUUGCUCAAGCGCGCGAGGAGCAGGUGGUCGCUGGGUAAGGUUGCCGCGGCUGAGUGGGUGGCCCGCGGGGUCUGUGUCGAGGGCGGGAUCAGGUUCCGGGAGGAGGAGGAGGGUGAGGAGGUGUUGUGA